AGUAGUAUUUGUGAUCCGUUAGCUACUUACUGGAGAUAUCAAUGAUCUUGUGGAGAGAUUUUCUCCUGAGUUUGUUGUUGAGAUCCUAUAAAUAAAUCCAUCCUCUUAGCUUUAAUGCUCUCUGUUUGUCUUUGGCUUGUAUUUCUUCUUCUCUAUCCAAUUUUAACAUUAGUCUCUUUCCCCUAGACAGGAGGAUCAUCAUGGCAACUGCCACAGCUGCACAGUUUGUCUCAAUGAGCUCUCACUUGAGCAAUCAUCCAUCAGAACCAAAAGCUAAUUCGGGUCUGAUGGGACUCAGGAGUCAAAGCACGACUCACCAUGGUUUAAGAUAUCUGAACAAGAUAGAUAAGCUCCAAAUGAGGACACAAUCAAAGGUACAGAAAAAGGUAUCUGCCACUGAGAAUGUUAGGCCUUCUGGCAAAAUCAUUUGUGGGCAUGGGAUGAAUUUGGUCUUUGUUGGAGCUGAAGUUGGUCCAUGGAGCAAAACUGGUGGACUCGGUGAUGUUCUUGGAGGACUUCCCCCUGCCUUGGCUGCAAGAGGGCACCGCGUCAUGACAGUCUCUCCCCGCUAUGAUCAGUACAAGGAUGCUUGGGACACCAGUGUCGUGGUGGAGAUUAGAGUUGGAGAAAGAAAUGAAACUGUCCGCUUCUUCCACUGCUACAAACGAGGAGUUGAUCGUGUGUUCGUGGAUCACCCGUUGUUCCUUGAGAAGGUUUGGGGAAAAACUGGAUCGAAAAUCUAUGGCCCAAAAGCAGGAUUAGAUUACAAGGACAACCAGUUGCGUUUUAGCUUGUUAUGCCUAGCUGCUCUAGAGGCACCAAGAGUUCUGAACUUGAACAGCUGCAAAAAUUUCUCAGGACCCUAUGGAGAGGACGUUGUCUUCAUUGCCAACGACUGGCACACGGCUCUGCUUCCGUGUUACCUCAAAACUUUUUACCAACCUUCGGGGAUUUACAGAACUGCCAAGGUUGCCUUUUGCAUCCACAACAUUGCCUAUCAGGGUAGAUUUUCCUUCUCAGAGUUCUCACAACUCAAUUUGCCUGAUAAAUUCAGGAGCUCUUUUGACUUUAUUGAUGGGUAUAAUAAGCCCGUGAAGGGAAGGAAAAUCAAUUGGAUGAAGGCUGGGAUAUUGGAAUCAGACAAGGUGUUGACUGUGAGCCCUUACUAUGCUCAAGAAGUUAUUGAUGGAAUUGAAAGAGGUGUGGAGCUGGAUAACAUCAUUCGUAAAACUGGCAUUACUGGCAUUAUAAAUGGGAUGGAUGUCCAGGAAUGGAAUCCUGCUACAGAUAAAUAUAUUAGCAUCAACUAUGAUGCCACAACUGUUAUGAAGGCGAAACCUUUGUUAAAGGAAGCCCUUCAAGCAGAAGUCGGAUUGCCUGUUGGUGCGGAUAUUCCUUUGAUAGGCUUUAUUGGUAGAUUAGAAGAGCAGAAAGGUUCAGAUAUUCUCGUUGCAGCUAUUUCCCAAUUGGUUGAACACGACGUGCAGAUAGUAAUCCUUGGAACAGGCAAAAGUAGCUUUGAGACGCAGAUUGAACAGCUGGAGGUACAGUAUCCUGACAAAGCCAGAGGAUUGGCUAAAUUCAACGUCACCUUGGCUCACAUGAUCAUAGCUGGUUCUGACUUUAUGUUGAUCCCAAGUAGAUUUGAGCCCUGUGGUCUCAUUCAAUUGCAUGCUAUGCGAUAUGGAACAAUUCCCAUUGUUGCUUCCACUGGUGGUCUAGUUGAUACUGUUAAAGAAGGUUACACAGGAUUCCAUAUUGGAGCCUUCAAUGUUGACUGCGAAACAAUUGAUCCAGCAGAUGUAGCUGCAGUAGUAAAAACUGUGGGAAGAGCCAUUGCCACUUAUACCACCAGUAGUUUGAGAGAAAUGAUCCUGAAUUGUAUGGCCCAAGAUUUUUCAUGGAAGGGACCAGCCAGAUUGUGGGAGAAGUUGCUCCUAAGCCUGGAGGUUGCUGACAGUGAAGCUGGAAUUGAAGGGGAGGAAAUCACACCUCUUGCUAUGGAGAAUGUUCCCGCUCCAUGAACCAGCAAGGAUGAAGGUGUAGAUAGAUGAAUGCAGACGUCUGCUAGGAUUAGGGGCACCUCUGUUUUAAAAUUUUUUUCCCUAUUUUACCAUGGCAUUCUCUUGCGGAGGGUGAAUGGUAUCUGGAUCAAUGUCGCAGCCUUUGCCAAUAAAUAAUGGUUGAAUUCUCAUAUGCUAACCGUUGUCAAUUUGCAUGUCUCAUCAUAUCCUUUAUCCUUUACAUUGUUCACCGAUCUACAAGACUAUGAACAUUACUCUAAAAGUGAAUUGGAGGAUAAAGUCUCAAUGACGAGAACUGUUAGCCAACCUUUGAAAAUGCAUCACACAUGAACACAAUUUUCAUGGUUAUUGAAAUUCCAUACCAGUUCAAUUGGUGGUUCAACUUAAAUUUGAAAGCCUUUGAAGACAU